GCGCGCGCGGGAAGAGGGAAGAGUUCAUUCGACAGCUGGAUGGGCUGCUGGGCUGUUUUCUGCGGUGAAGGACCUGUUACUCAGUUCAUGCUGUUUGUUGAAUUGCGUCCCAGUGAUGCGGAGGUGAUCUUGUAGCUUUUGGGAACAGCGUAUAGUAUUUAAAUAUUAAUCACGGUUAUGGCACGAGACCGAGCCCCUCAGCGCGUGCUUCAGUACCAGCAAACUCUGAUGUAUGGACGCUAUACACAGGAGUUGGGGGCCUAUGCCAAAGAAGAGGCAGCUCGUCUGCGUGAGGAUGGAGCACUGCGGAGGACCACCAGUGUGCGCGGCCAGGCUCCAGAACUCAUGGAGUAUGAGAAGGACCCGUGUGCCAAGUGUCAAGUCUGUACAUCAUGGUGCCGGAAGUUCUUGAUUUCCCGUGUUGGUGAAGACUGGAUCUUUCUCAUCCUCCUGGGGCUUCUCAUGGCAUUGGUCAGCUGGGCAAUGGACUACACUAUAGCCUUCUGCCAGCAAGCGCAGAAGUGGAUGUAUGGUGGUCUGCACAAUAACAUUUUGCUGCAGUACCUGGCCUGGGUCACUUACCCAGUAGUUCUCAUCACAUUCUCCGCCGGCUUCACACAGAUACUGGCGCCACAGGCAGUGGGCUCUGGGAUCCCAGAGAUGAAGACCAUUCUCCGAGGUGUGGUGCUGAAAGAGUACCUCACUUUCAAAACCUUCGUCGCCAAAGUGAUUGGCUUAACUUGUGCCCUUGGAAGUGGCAUGCCUCUGGGCAAAGAGGGACCAUUUGUUCAUGUUGCCAGUCUAUGUGCUGCUCUGUUGAGCAAAUUCAUGGCGUUGUUUGGAGGAAUCUACUUGGAAGAGCCCUUUGAGGGAAACAAGAACGAGCUGAGAAACACAGAGAUGCUGUCAGCUGCCUGUGCAGUGGGGGUGGGCUGUUGCUUUGCGGCUCCUAUUGGAGGAGUGCUGUUUAGUAUUGAGGUCACAUCUACGUUCUUUGCUGUGAGGAACUACUGGAGAGGAUUCUUCGCUGCAACCUUCAGUGCCUUUAUCUUCAGGGUGCUGGCAGUGUGGAAUAAGGAUGAGGAGACAAUCACGGCUCUCUUCAAAACGCGCUUUCGUCUGGAUUUUCCCUUUGACCUACAAGAGCUUCCGGCUUUUGCUGUGCUCGGGAUUGCCAGUGGUUUUGGAGGAGCGUUGUUUGUCUACCUGAACAGGAUCAUAGUGGAGUCUAUGAGAAAACAGAAAACCAUCAACAAAUUUUUGCUAAAAAAAAGACUAGUGUAUCCAGCGGUGGUCACUCUUCUUGUCUCUACACUCACCUUUCCUCCAGGGUUUGGACAGUUCAUGGCAGGCCAGCUGACUCAACAUGAGUCACUAGUGGCACUGUUUGACAACCAGACCUGGUACAAGCAAGGUGUUGCUGAGGAGUUUGUGUACUCAAGUGAAGUACCUCAGGCCUGGAAGCAUCCACAAGUCGGUGUGUUUAUCACACUCCUCCUCUUCAUUGUCAUGAAGUUCUGGAUGUCAGCUUUGGCCACAACAAUGCCUGUUCCUUGCGGGGCCUUCAUGCCGGUUUUCCUCAUUGGGGCUGCGUUCGGUCGACUGGUCGGCGAGAGCAUGGCUGCUGUCUUCCCAGAAGGAAUACACGCUGACAGCACUGUAUAUCCCAUAGUUCCUGGCGCAUACGCAGUUGUAGGGGCGGCGGCUCUUUCUGGCGCAGUCACUCACACCGUGUCCACCGCCGUCAUUGUGUUCGAGCUGACCGGUCAAAUCUCGCACAUCCUGCCCGUGAUGAUCGCUGUGAUAUUGGCCAAUGCCGUGGCUCAGAGUCUGCAGCCUUCCCUCUAUGAUUCCAUCAUCCGGAUCCAGAAACUUCCCUACUUGCCAGAGCUAGGCUGGGGACAGGAUAUAUUUUAUGUGUGUGUGGAGGUAAUGGUGGUGGGAGUGCGAUAUAUCACUCUCUCCUCCUCUUACCGGGACCUGCAAGAAGCUCUCAUAACAGGCCAGCUUAAAACUCUGGCCUUGGUGGAGUCCAAAGAGUCCAUGAUCCUGCUGGGCUCUAUAGAGCGCUCCCAGCUUCAGUCCCUUCUCUCGCAGCAGCUCGGCCGAGCUCGCAGGCUGGAGUACUUGAGGGAACGUGCUCAGGACAAUGGCACCCAUGUGCCCACCUUCCCCCAAGACUCUCCCUCCAGGACUGGUUGUGGCGUACGUUUCCUGAUCUCCACUGAAGAGUCCUCCUACAGCCCCACACUGACUAACUCCCAGAUCCCCCUAAAGUCUGCUCUGAAGACAGUGUCUGCAAUCAGCAACACAGAGUCAUUGAACAGCUCUCCAAACCUCUCCUCUGGGGAACCUGUGAAGGAGCUAGUAGAGAGCAAUGCUGGCCCCAAGGCUCCUAAGAGGAGCAGGAGGCCCAAGCGUGUGAAGAUACCCAUGGCGGAUACACCUGAUGUUGAAGAUGACAUGUCAACAGCAGAGAUAGCAGAGUGGGAGGAGCAACAGUUGGAUGAGGCUGUUAAUUUCAACAACUGUAAAAUAGACCCUGCACCCUUUCAACUGGUGGAACGGACAUCUUUGCAUAAGACACACACCAUUUUCUCACUACUUGGUCUGGAUCAUGCCUAUGUCACCAGCACCGGACGUCUAGUAGGAGUGGUCUCUCUGAAGGAGUUGCGUAAGGCCAUCGAGGGCUCUGUAACUGUGACUGGAGUGAAAGUCCGUCCCCCGCUGGCCAGCUUCCGUGACAGCGGCAACAACAGCAGCGUCUCAGAGGUCACUGAGCUCCACAAGCUCUGGAGUCGUAACAGGAGCCUGUUGUUGCCACGGGAACCUAACCUCCCAGACCUGGAUGACCAAACGGAGCAGCCAUCCGAGGGCAGCUUGGUGAACGAGACCGAGUGCACAGAGCUGUCCAGUCAGAACAGCCCAUUACACACAGACGACCAAUCAGAGCUGCCCUACACUGACGCCACGCCCCAAGAGGAGCACCUAAUGCAGCUCCCCUGUGACUGUACCCACCCUCUGGAGGACGGAGGCUCAGAGGCCGUCAGCGAGCAGUGCCCAGCUCCAAUCAAGGAAGUGGUGACCGAGGGAAUCCCCUCGCCGCCAGAGGGUCAGCCGGAAUGACAGCUGCUUGCGCUCGGUAACACACAUUCCAUUUACACCACAAGCGGGAUUGUGAAGUCAGGUUGAGGAGAACUGGAGAAAGUCUUUAAGCAGUGAAGCACACUUUCUGCUCCGCACUAAUCAAAUCAUCCCUAAUCGCUGGUCCUGCCUUUACACGAAACACGCCGUGUGUGUUUGUAUGUGUGGGAUGUCAUAGUAACGCACUGCAGUAUGAGUGGCGGGUGGCUUCGGAUGUGUUUGGCGAUGGGCUCAUGAGCGAUCGUCUGUUUGUACUUGUGUAUUUAUCAUACAUUUGGGUGUCUGUUGAUUUGUGGCUUCAUAGCGCAUUUCUGUGUUGAUUUAUGUUGAUGAAAUUCAUUUUAAAGAAG